GAGGCGCUUGUGAUCGCUCCGUACCUUGGCUGUUGCUACUCUGUCUGCUGCCAGCCUGAAACGAUGGCGUACUCGAGGUCUCACUUUUUGCGAUUGUUUAAAAACCCGACGGGUGUUUUGGGUUUUAGUAGUGUCCGGAAUUUCUCAGUCACUUCACAGCACUUGGCUCCAGAUGCCAGAGUGGGAUUUAUUGGCCUUGGGAACAUGGGUGGACCAAUGGCAACCAAUUUGAUUAAAAAGGGACAUAGUGUUGUUGCCUUUGAUAUUAACACUGAAUCCAUGGAAGCUCUAGAGGAUGCAGGAGCGCUAAUUGCCAACAGUCCGGCAGAAGUAGCAGGCAAAGCAGACAGUAUAAUCAGCAUGCUUCCCAACUCCCAACACGUGCGCAAUUGUUAUACUGGUGAAAAGGGAGUCUUUGAAGCAAUCCAACCUGGAACACUCAUCCUGGACAGUAGCACCAUUGAUCCAAGUGUGUCCAAAGAAAUGGCUGCUCUUGCAGCAAAGAAAGGAGCAGUGUUUAUGGAUUCCCCAGUUUCUGGAGGUGUAAAUGCAGCUAAAGGAGCAACUUUGACUUUCAUGGUUGGUGGAGAUGAAAAGGAGUUUGAAGCAGCUAAAGCAUUGUUGGAAUGCAUGGGGAAAAAUAUUGUCUAUUGUGGAGGAGUAGGAAAUGGUCAGGCUGCCAAGAUCUGUAACAAUAUGCUGUUGGCCAUUACCAUGAUUGGAACUUCAGAAACAAUGAACUUGGGGAUGAGACUAGGGCUGGAUCCCAAGCUUUUGGCAAGUAUCAUUAACACAAGCAGUGGAAGAUGCUGGUCUAGUGAACUGUACAACCCAGUUCCAGGCGUACUGGAGAAUGUUCCCUCGUCUAACAACUAUGAGGGUGGCUUUGGAACAGCUCUGAUGGCAAAAGAUUUGGGACUGGCCCAAGAUGCAGCUACAAAGUCUUUAACUCCAACUCCCUUUGGGUCCCUUGCACAUCAGAUAUAUCGGAUAAUGUGUAGCACUGACCUGGCUGGCAAAGAUUUUUCAUCAGUCUUCCGUUUUAUUCAAGGAAAUGAAGAAAAAUAAAAAAUAUCAGAUAAUUUUUUGGCAUACAUUUUGGCAUUAGCACAUAGUCUAAUGAAGAAUUAUCCAGUAUAAAAGAAAAUCUGUAAGGCUAACAAUGUGUCAUUGAUUUAGGCAGCUCUUUUAGUCCUGUUGUUAAUAUUGCUUUGAUGAAUUUGUGAGCUAUUUAUUGUGCUGACAGUGAUUCUAAAAUCAUUAUGUAUGGGAAAGUAAUUGAAUGACUUCAAAAUAGAUGUAAGAAAGGUUAUUUAACAUUUUUUUCUUACUUUUCAAUUUCUCAAUAUGGGUCAUCUGUUACUGCAUAAUACAAAUGAGAAUGGAGUGUUCACUUUUUGAAUGCCAAAAGAUAUCUAGAAUUCACCUAACUAUAUAAACAAUGUUUAAUUUUCUUCUGUUAGAUUAUUUUUUAUAUAAAAUAUAUUUUAACCUGCAAAAUCAUUGUUUACCUAGAAUCAUGCAAUGGUUUAUUGUAUGUCGAACCACAAUUUAGAUACACAAGUAGAUUAAGUUUGCAGAGCCCAACUGUUCUUGGUAACUAUUUUUGCAAUCCCUGAACAAACUUUUUUAAUGGUUGAUUAAGCAAAGAAAUAACUGAGAUCUGAACACAGUAUUGCAAUAUCAACAGAAGUAGAGGUUGUAUUAAGUUGAUGGAAAUAAAAUUCCAGAAAAGGUA